GCUAGUUAGGAAUAUUAUGGAAAAUUAUGAAUCCUAAAAUGUAGGGUAGGCGCGUGUAGGUGCUUUAAUUCAGAGGAAACAAAGUGGGUCGGUCGCGUGCGUGCCUGCCUGGAGAAGCAGAAUUGAUGGGUCGAAUAUUAUUAAGGAUGAUGAUGAUUAUGAUUGUGCAGGAAAGAAGAAAAUCGGAAUGACUCUUCUCCUGCCUACCUCCUCCUACUACUUUCGCUGCUUAUCUCGUUUAGAAGAACAGAACCACUACUGGCAAUAACAUGCGUAGAAAAGCUACGCCCAUCCAUUUUGGGCUAAAACAAUUCCAUUCCAUCCAUGUGCCUUUCAGCAGAUCAAGUCAAACUCGUGUUGAAAGUCGUUCACACUCACACUCCGUACGUACGGUCUCUCUGAUUCAAUCCAAGUUAAUAUCCUCCAGAAAAAAAACACUUCCAAACCUACAUACUUUGCAACAUCCUGUCCUCUCCUCAUCCAUACUGACUUUCGUUUAAGCUUCAACUUUGUUGCAACACACAACUGCAUUCAUUAGCAUGUUCUUCUGCAUAGGGCUCAUCUCGAAAUUGAACCCUCCAGCUGAAAGUGUUAGGGUUGUUCAAUAGUUGUUCUCUUCAAGGGGUCCCCAUAGUAGUAAGUACCGAAUAGCAGUCCACACCGGUUAAUAACAAGUUGGUUACUUUUCAUACAUAGUAAACAAAUCUCCUCGGGUGUAUAAAGAGAGAGAGUGUGUAAACCGAAUUGGGCAUGAGGAAGAAGAUUAGUACGCUGGAGAGAGAGAGAGAAGAUUCCUCUAUCCGAGUUUCAGUCCUAUCGUCAUUCCUAUGCAAUCCUAAGUCUGACUACCCUUUAUUUCAUACCAUCAUCCCAGCAGUUGUGAACUUCAACGAAAUCAUUACAUUUAACAUCCAUCCAUCCAUUCGAGUUGAGGUAUCCGUGGUCGUCGUAAUAGGUUCUUGGGCUUCUCCUUAUUACAAGAACCUUAUGAAGCUUUUGGUUCGGUUUUUACUCUAACUCCAACCAGCAUCAAACCAUCAUCUUCUUAACUCCUUAACCCUAACCUCAUCCUCCUUCUACCAAAUAUUUAGUGGUAGUCUAGAGAGGAAGGAAGAAGAAGUCUUAACUUCUUGCCUCAUAUUAAGAAGACUCUCGAGGAGUUGACUCUUCGAUUCAUCUUGUUAAAUUCUUCCUUGUAUAGAAGAAACAACUACUCACUCACUCGGUAAGAUCACUCACAACCAAGUUCAAUAUAAAAGGGAGAGAAUAUCUCUAAUCUCGUUAUAACCAAGCUAAUACAUACAUCUCCGUCCAAAAGCUAAGCCUUAUUGCAAGUUUCAAACUAUUGAAUUUUGACACACGGCAAAGAAGGCAACGAGAAAUAAGAGGGAAUGUUGUUGUGUACAUAUAAUAGUUGUUUCUAAAUUGUGAAUGCACAUUGUACCAGAGAAGACAGAAGAAUAAGUCGUAACACAAAUUCUUGUUGGCAAUCAAGUAUCUCAUUUCCCAUUUUUAUUGUUCCUCGACACUUGAUUCGGUGUGGUCGUCGUGCAUAAUGUGUAUGCAUGCAUGUAUGUACGUGCAUAUGUGUAACGAGUACUUUUAAGUAAUAUCAAGUUCCGGAAAUAAAGUGAUCACAAAGGUCCCCGUAUUGCUCGGUUUGACUCUUUCUCCGAAUUCUUAAAGUGAAUGACUCAAUUUGAAUUGAGCUUAAAAAUUGCAAAAAAUCCGAAGGAAUGCAACCCACCAGUGGGAAACAAAUAGGUGUAAUUAGUACCAGUCAAGGCACUGGUGGCGGUGAUUGUGGUAGUGGUGAUGACAAAUUUGUGUCCUGUGAAAUAAAAAUCGACGACUACUUCAUAAUCCGUCCGACAAUUAUUCGGUUUUGUGAUUUUUUUCAACUCCUCCACAAUUACAAGUUGAUUUCGACAUGAAAGAGAGAUUCUGUUGUGGACAAGCUCUCAAAUCCAAUAAGAAGAUCGUUCCUUCAGUCUCCGCACCUCUCCACCUUAUUCUUCGAGCCCCCUCUCCAGCCUCGCACGAGUGGAAAACUGUGCCCAAAGUCAAACGAUUGUGUCAAGUUUGCCAUUUGGUCGUGGAUGGAAACGGUGUACGAUGUCGCUCAUGCGGAUUAAGGGCUCAUUCAGCUUGCGGGAGCAACUAUUAUAACUCAUCGUUAAAUACUACACGUACUGGGACAACCACUGCUACCAGGACUGAUAACAAUCGCAAUCUCAGAACCAGUGGCAAUAUUAUUAAGGGAGACGAUACCACCAUCGGCACGGGAUUUGGAAGCCAGCAAGAUAAUCGACAAGGAUCUCUGUUUUAUCGACAUUUCGAACCCCGCAUUAAGAAGAUUCUACACCCUCAAAAUCUCUCCCUGAUCGAAAGCAGUGGUGGUGAAGAGAGGGGGAGUGGUGCUAGCAGCAGUGCGAGAUUCUCAUCCUCCUGUGGGGACAGUGUCGCAGCGUCCACGGCGAUAGUUGUGGGAACCGUGUCAAUUGAGACGACUCGAUCCGAGAGCAAGACACCGGAAAUCACAAUCACGCCUGGUUCUGAAGUGCUAGCUGCAGUAGAAGUCGGAACAGAGAUCGAAGCGAGACUAUUAUCGUCCUCCGCUUCCGAGUUAGAUUCUGGUUGUGCUGGCCUUUUAGACGAAGACGAGGACGAGCAAGAUUCAACCUCGAGACCACAAGAGGAGACCAUUCUUCCGGAAAAUCAUUUAGCAAAAAGUAAAAAUCUUAUUAGUGGUCCAGCAGAACAAGGGUCGUCGUCAUCUGGUCAAGGAAAUAGGACAUUUGUCAUUAAAAAGAAGCGAUUACUUCACGUCGACGGACCCAUUGACGGAUCCCCUUAUGCAGUCAUAACUCCUCUCGUGAAACAGAAGCCUUUCCCAGAUUCCGGAUUCUCCUUGGGUGUCAAUCAAAUGAAAGAUUUAGAUCAGUUGAUCAGUGCCCUGGUGGAGGAAGCAGAUUCAAUCGAUGCUCCCAAUCACCGACACAAUCAUCAUCACAACGAGACCACUUCCAACAUCCCGUACCAUGCGAGACAGGACUCGCUUCCCUUUUCCUACACGUCCCCCCAAUCCAUAACGUUGCAAAGUGAGAAAAUCUACAAUCAAAGUCAACAACAGAGAUCGUAUUCUACUUCGACUCCCACCGCCGCAGUCGACAGUGGUCGUCACAUCAAUCACUACUCGGUAUCGUCUCCAUCUCCAUUGUACGCGACACCCACACCCUCCUCGAGAAAUGACUACUAUUCCUCCGCCAGCAGGGGUGGUCGAUAUGAGAGUGAUAUACAUGCCCCCCAACCACUAGCGUCCGUACCGAUGUCGACGGGGUUGUCGCGUUCUAUAUCGCAUCAACCAUCUUAUCCAAAUUAUGGAAGGAGUCAACCAUCUAGCAGUCAAAUGGUUGCGAGUAUGUCUUCUUCAAAUAGUUUCAAUUAUGGUGGUGGUGGUGGGACAGGAAAUGGAAAUGGUGUUCGGAGGAACAGAUCACAAUCUGCAGAUGGGAGACGGGACUUUGAACGUGGGGGAGAUGAGAACGCGGAUGAAUGGCUGGCUCGGCAGCAAAGGAAAUUAAGGGAGAAGAAGGCAUCUAAGCAUGUUGUGCGGAAUGAUUGGCUGGCGGAACUAAAACGAGCCUUACCACAAAACACACAGCAAGUUGAGAGAUCUCAGUCACAAACAGAUUACAGUCGAAGUAGUCAACAAGCCACGCCGAUACCGAUCAUUCAAGAAUUUCGCCCUUCACAGCUUUCCUCCUCGUCCAGAGUAGAAGCGAGUUCACACCAGCAACAAGCGUCGUCUUCCACGUUUUCCACACCCUCCGGUCCCGGUCGUGGUCGAGGACAAGUUGUCGCGUACUCUUCCGAUGACGACGAUGACGUCGAACUCGACAUAUUCCAACGAGGCAAAAAAGUACAGAGGCAUUACUCAGAAUCGACUUAUGACAGAACUGGAGGGUAUAACACUUCCUCUUCGUCACGAGCUCCUAGUCAACAAAGCAAUGUAGAAGGACCCUUUCCUACAUGUCCACCAACUCCCUAUUCGAAUCGACCAAUUUCUCCACCAGGAAAACCCCCACGAAGUCCAAAAGCAAUACGUCGUUACCAGGGAGGGUCGAGUGCACCAAUUAGUCCGAUUUCUGUCGAUAUGAUGCCUUCAUCAUCAUCCCGAAUGGAACGGGCACAAACGCCCGUCAAUCCCAGACCCAUUUUCAUGGUCGACUCUGAAGUGAAAUUCGCCCAAGACCUGAGUGAAUAUUGGUACAAACCCAUCGCAGCGCGAGAAGAAACCGUCUCAGCAUUAAUACAAUCACCCAUCGGUUCUUUUUGUGUUCGAAACUCAAACAGUUUUCCUGGCGCGUAUGGUCUCGCCGUAAAAGCUGACAACACCGGAGAGAAAGGAAUUCGCCACUUUCUCAUUGAACCGACCCGAUUCGGUUGCAGAUUGCGUGGUUGUGGAACAUUAGAGCCAGUAUUUGGAUCCCUCUCUGCACUUGUAUAUGCUCAUUCGAUAGAAUGCUUAGCACUACCCACGACGCUAACCCUGCCUUCGUACGAUAUCCUACCGUCAUCACAAAGCCAGUCAAAAACUGCGCAUUUGCUUCGUCAAGGCGCUGCUUGUCAAUUACUCUUUCUCGGAAUGGUAGGUGUGGAAUGUCUCUCAGGAGAAGAGGCAAUUUCCAAAGGAGUGAGUGAGAUAACUGCAUCAUCUCCAGUUCCCAUAUCGCUACGUUUAAGCAGAAGUGGGUUGACACUGACGGAUGUCUUCCGUCAAAGGUUUUUCCGGAUCCACUUUGCCCUAAAUGAGAUUUUAUACGCAUCCGUCGUCGCCGGACGGAGUGUAGCUUACGGUCGAGAAGUCAAACAAGUGUUUGGAAUCGUAGCUCGCGCACCACGAGCCAUGGAAAACUCAGUCAUCCUACUCGCAGAAUUUGAACCAGGUCAGCCAGCGAACGCAAUAGUUUCCUUUAUUCAAAGAGUCCUAGCGUGGCAACAACACUAAUAAAUAAUUGAUUACGAGAAAAGAUGACCAUUACUGGUAUUCGCUAUUAAGUAGUUUAUAUAUACGUGUUAAAACGUAAGAGAUGGUGGUCACUUGGGGUGCAAUUGACGCUGGUUGUUCAAAACACUUUUAGUUUUUAUUACUAAUAAUAAUAUUGUCCCAGUAGUGGAAGUAGUACCACAACAUUUUCGUUUAUAAUUCACCACUGUUGUUCAAAACAAGUCAAUGUCAAUGCCUUAACAAGAGAUACAUAUGUAGAUGCAAAAGCGCCUACCCUACCCAACAUACUUACUUACCUGCCAACCACACCUCCUCGUCUAGCUUUAAAUCAUCGCCUACCUCUCCAAAUGUCAAAACAAAAUGCAUUUGUAAUUGAUAAUUUUCACAAAAUUUAUAUAACUGAAAAUCAAACCGGUUCUGAAACAUACCACUGACUUGAUUUAUUAAGAAAAGAUGUUAUUAUUUGAUUUAUUUAUAGUAUGCAUGAGCUCAUUAGUAUUUUGUACUACUACUGCUGUAUAAUUAUGACGUCCUACUAAUUACGGACCAUGUUAUCAAAUUAUUGAACAAAUUUUGAGUCAUUUAAUUAUGUCUUAAAUA